AUGGAGAACGGACACCAAGCCAAGCAGCCGAUGCUCUGCCUCACAAUAUGUGCUUAUCGUAAAGGGGGAAUGGACGAGGAAGCGUACCGCAGCUAUAUGACAAAGGUCCACGCGCCAUUAGUCCAGGGCCUCAUGGUGAAGCACGGAAUUGAUAAGUUCAGCAUGACACACAAUCCGCUCUCUACCCGCUCUUUGAUGGGCAGGAUAUUUGAUCCUCAGUUCUCCAACAUGGCCGACUAUGACUGCAUUGUCCAGGUUCAGUUUCGCAAUAUCGAACAAUUCGUGGCGCUCAAGGAGGAUCCCUUGUACAAGCAAGCCGUCUUUGCGGACCACAACAAGUUCGCCGAUACCAACAGAUCAAAGAUGACCAUUGGUUGGGUGCAGGACUUUUUGCGAGAUGGAGCACUUGUGUGA